AUUAAUCUGCUUAUCAAGGCACAUUUGCCCUUUUCUGAAUUGACCAUAAUGCAUCUGGGAGGCAUCCCAUUUAUAAAAAUAUUUGCUGAAUAGCUUUGUUAAUAGAAAGAUGAGGAAGUCAGACUUUUGAGAAGAAUACACUUGACCAGGAAAAUUAAAAUGGAGAAGAGUUGACUCAUUGUUUCUUUGAGUUUACAUAGGACGUAAUCUCUUUUCUAAAGUCAGAGGUGAAUUAAUGGCCAAAAAACACUCUCCCAAUAUAAUAUGGAACAUGUCCCAAUAUAAUAUGGGCAGAGAAACACCUAGUGCGUGGCAAGUUGGACUUAGCUAAACCUUUGCAAAUUCAGGAGUCCCAUGGUGGUUUUCUGUCUCUCUACAUACUAUGGCACCCUUCUUGUGAUUAGAACUCUUUCUUUUUAAAUUUGUGUUUGAAAGAAUUUCAAACUUAAGGAACAGUUGCAAGAAUUGGUCAGUGGACUCUACAUAUCCUUUGUCUACAUUCACCAGUUGUUAACAUUUUGCCGUAUUGACUUUACCACUCUUUAUAUAAUAGUAUUAUUUUAUUUUUGCUCAACAAUUUAAGUGUAGGUUGAAGACACCUUCACUCCUAAGUAUGUUACCAUGCAUCUCCUAAAAACAAAGGCAUUCUCUUACCUAGUCAUACUGAAGGAUCAAAUUCAAGAAGCUAACCUUUGGCAAAAUAGUAUAUACAGUCCACAUUAAGAUUUUUUUUUCUAAUUGUCCCAACAAUGUCCUUUGUAGUGACUUUUCCCCGCAAACACAAGAUCAUGCAUUGCCUUUAGUUGUCAUGUAAGUUCUUUUGCCUUUGGAACAUGUCACUUCUGUCCAGAAAUAGAGGAUGGUCUUUGGACUUUUAUUUCCUAUAAGCUUUGUUGAAGGAAAAAGACAUUAGGAAUUUCAAAGAGGCUGCUUGCUAAGAAAAAAAAAAAAAAAAAAAAAAACCCAAAUUGCCCAGGGAAGAAGGACUUUUUGUUUUUAAUUUUUAAAACUUUGGCUGGGUUUUGGUGUCUUGACUCAGCAAAGUCUAUAAUGCAGCAGGGCUUGGUAAGCAUUAAAGGGGAUACUGAAGCUUUCUUUUAUUUCAUAAUCCCAAUCGGUUUUUUCUAGAAACCAUCAAUAGCCUCUAAAUGACUGACUCAAUUUUUGGAUUCUAUUCUCAUGACUAAGCAACUGUUUGAUUUGAAACCAGCCCAGUAUAAAUGUCACUGUGCCUCUAACUCUCUGUAGCUAUUCCUGAAUUUCUUUCAGCACUGGGGAAACCAACCUAUGCACCAAAUAUGUCUAAAACUGGAACCAAGAUCACUUUCUAUGAAGACAAAAAUUUUCAGGGCCGCCGCUAUGACUGUGAUUGCGACUGUGCAGAUUUCCACACUUACCUGAGUCGCUGCAACUCCAUUAGAGUGGAAGGAGGCACCUGGGCUGUAUACGAAAGGCCCAACUUUGCUGGAUACAUGUACAUCUUACCUCAGGGAGAGUACCCUGAAUACCAGCGCUGGAUGGGCCUCAAUGACCGCCUCAGCUCCUGCAGGGCUGUUCAUCUGCCCAGCGGAGGCCAGUAUAAGAUUCAAAUCUUUGAGAAAGCAGAUUUUAGCGGUCAGAUGUAUGAAACCACUGAAGAUUGCCCAUCCAUCAUGGAGCAGUUUCACAUGCGAGAGAUCCACUCCUGUAAGGUGCUGGAGGGUGUCUGGAUUUUCUAUGAGCUACCCAACUACCGUGGCAGGCAGUACCUCCUGGAGAAGAAGGAGUACCGGAAGCCCAUCGAUUGGAGUGCAGCUUCCCCAGCUGUCCAGUCUUUCCGCCGCGUUGUGGAGUAAUGAUGUGAAUGAGGCCAUAGGCUUCUUCCUGGGGCCCAAAUGCUGGCUGGCCUUUUGGUCCAAAUAGGCAUCAUAAAUAAAACAGUUGGCAUGCAUCCCACUGCUGACUAUAACGCCUCUCCUUAAAUGCUCUUAGGGACCAGCAAUGUAGUGCCCGCCACGGUGGGCAGUCACACAAAGCAACUCAUCCAUCAGAUUACCAGUCUAGAUCUUUGUGCCAAACAAAGUGAGAUCACAUUAAAAGGUUAGAAAAUCA